AACGCUUACAAUCCUCGAAUCCGCGAUGUUAGCUUCCUUAUCCCUAACCAUGACCACCCUUAAGCUUUACGUGGCUGAUUCCUCUGAUCCAAUGGCAGAGGCUGUCGCGGUCAAGAUUCAAACCGGGGAUGACAUAACUGAUUUGAAGAAACUCAUUCUGGCGCAGUGGGGUCCUCGCGGUCUGGGUCUGGCAGCAGUGGAUAUUCGAUUAUGGAAGCCCAAGCGAAAAAUCCCCCUGGUUCACUGCACGAGAGUGUUGGAAGAAUAUCGUCUCAAUCUUGGCGUUAUUGCCACUGCAUUGUUUGUGACUGACGAUGUCAAUUUGCUCGGCCCAAGGGCUAGCCCGAACAACGAAAUCAACGUUAUUGUAGAGAUCAUGCCACCCUGGCAGCUACCCAUUGGCCCGCCUCUAGACGAGCCCGAUGAAGAGCGAGAUACGAUAGGGGCUAUGAACAGCCGGUCUCGGAACCUAUUCAAGAACGCGAUAGGCGCAAAGUCGCCAUCUCAGUCGGCCAAAUCGUCCAACUAUCGAGCAUUCCAACGCGGCGACUAUCCGAUAUACGACGGACGCUAUCAUCCUGACCAUGACAUUUCCACUAUGGCUCCCCCUAUCCAUCUUUACAAUCCCGCAUUUGCCCACUUCAUGGACGAUGUCGCAAAUUCAGCGCUGGAAGUGCCUAAUAAAGUCGUGCUCGCCACAGCGGACCUCAUGCGCAAGGCAUCAGCAAUAUACGAAGACGAAAACACUCGACGAAGCAAGAUUCGCCCCGCCCUAAAAAAUGCUAUUUCGUAUGGAAUUACGCAACUCGUCAGUGACGAUCGCACAACACCAAAUAGUGGCGUUCUGUGGACGAUGUGCGGGACAGACGGAUCCCUCGGUGAUACUGUCGCGCUCUUGAUUGAGGAGGAGAACUCCGAGCUUGGGGAGGGCGGCUGCGACGCUUCUAUCCAAGCGUCAUUUUCAAUGCUGAGAUAUUGGGCACAACGCAACAAUGAUGCUGUUCGUGAGCGAUGCUGUUGCCCUACCUUCUUGAUUGCCUUAGCUGGUCCCUGGCUGGCUGUACUGGGUGCCGUAAUAACCGACAAGUGCAUUGUGCAGCGUCUCACCGACUUCAUCUGGUUGGGCAACGGAGCCGUUCUGAAUGACAGCAGGCAGUGUCUCCGAGUCGCCCGUAUUCUUCACUCACUGACGCGCUCUCUGGGACAUCUGCAUCGAUAUUACGCCGCAUUAACACCCUCCAACAACCCCGAACCGUCCAGAUUCUUCCCAUCGCCGACUACUUUCCUUUAUUGCGGCGCACCGGUCCAUUUCGAUUAUCUCGAGGCUCUAGAACGCGACUCAGUGUGCGUCACAUUUCGGUGUUGUACCCACGAGGAUCUGCCACGUUCGGUCGUCGUCAAGUUUGCUCAGACGUACUGCCCUGAGGCCCAUGAACUCUUGGCCAAGAAAGGUCUGGCCCCGCAGUUGCUUUACUGUGGGCCGGUCGAUCCCUCACAGGACGCUCCCUCAUACCAACCACUCAAGAUGAUCGUCAUGGAGUAUAUCGAUGGGAAGACCGUUGCGCAGCUGCAGGGCAGAGUACCUCCUGAAGAUUGCCAACAGCAGCUGACGCACAUGCUGUCCCUUUUGCACAAUGACGGGUAUGUCUUCGGCGACCUCCGGUGGCCUAACGUUAUGGUGGUGGGGAAGGACGUCAAACUCAUCGAUUUCGAUUGGGCGGGGAAGGAGGGAGAUGCAACAUACCCCAUUCACCUUGCUAACAACAUUGUUUGGCCGCCAGGCGCAACGGCGAUGGGGAAGAUCGAGAAGGAACAUGACAUCCACAUGUUAAAGAGUAUGAUUGAUUCGUGUACCCAGCUGACUGGGUAAUUAGCUAGUGUAGUAUCGUAUCCAUAGGGCCAAUAGACGCUUCAAGGCGCAUCGACGUUGUUGUUUAGAUCGUAUACACAGAGGAGCAGAGUCCCCAGCAAUUCUCGGCACUGUUGAGACAAACCAUCGGAUCUAGCAAGUUGAUUCCUCCAGGAAGUGUGGUGGAAAAACAGAAGGUUUGCUUCAUGUGCAUAUGACGUCACGCGUUUGGUACGGCGAGGCAUCGUUGGAAUCGAUUUCAACUAUCCGAACUUAGCGCGUUGAGCUUGAAAAAUCGUUGGAUACUCGUUGUGAGUGAGUACGUUCUACAUACCACGGCAGGGCUGGCACCAAUUUAGCGG